AGCAAAGCAGAAACGCAAACCGGCCAGCGCCCCUACUCGCCGCCCCAUCUCCUCCCCUCUCGCCUCCGAUCCAGCACCGCCCGCCGCCGGAGCCCUAAAGCUCCGGUCUUGUCCGCCCCGCCCCGCCUCUUCGCUCGAGGCCUUCAUCGGCGCGGUCACGCGGGCGCGGCGGCGGCGGCGGAGGGAGUUCGGCUCGGGCGACCAGGGGGCGCCUCCGCGCGCGCGAUUCCGCCCAGAUCCGAGGAAGCAAUAUUUGUUGAGUCUGAAGUCAAGGACGUUUUUAUGGCCCCAGCAAAAGGUUCUCGAACUAUUAACAAGACCAUAAUAAAAGGAUAUGAGGAUCAACAGCAGUACGACGAUCCACCUAGUUCAAGCAAAGCUAAACAAAAAAAGAGGAAAAUUUCAGACUUAGAUCCCAAAUGGAGCAAGGAUGAGCUUACACACUUUUAUGAAGCCUACCGCCAACACGGAAAAGACUGGAAAAAGAUCAGCUUAGCGGUAGGCGGUAAAUCGUCAGACAUGGUGCGAUCUCUUUACAGUGUACAUCGGACUUUCUUAUCUCUUCCUGAACGUCAAGCCACUGCCAUGGGAUUUAUUGCGUUGGUGACUGGUCAUCACAAUGCUUCAGAAAAAUCCACAAGUCAUAUAGGAGAUUAUCAAAUGGUGAGAGCAUCUGGGAAGGCAAGGCGACGCGGUGAAGCUACACAACAGAAAGCAACUGAAAGGCCUGACCUGCAUGACCAUCAUGAAGGAACAAUUUCUGGAUUUUCAUCUUCCUUCAAAAAACGAUACUAUGGAGAUUUUGUCAGGAAUAGCCGAAACCAUGCUGUUCGAAGGCGUACUCCUCGUAUACCAGUCAUAGCUCCUGCAGUCAGGAAUACCAUUGAUGAGGCCUCACCAGGUAUUGAAAACAUCAUCAAUACUACCAAGAGAAAAUAUGAAGCGGCCAAUAAAGAUUGUGCUAUCGUUCCAACGAAUAAGUGCUCUCCAGACAGAAGUUCCGGAAUCAAUGAAACAAAUAAGGCUGGUCAAGAUCAUACAUUCUUGGACACCAAGGCAACUGGAGACACAGCGAUAUGUCAGAAACAGUUGAAGAAAACAAGGAUUCAGCAACCUACAGAGGAUGGUCAGACCGGUAAAGUUGAGCAUGAGACAGUGAUGGCAUCUGAUGAAGGGAAUAAGCUUGUUGAUUCACUCAACCAACAUCAUAUUCAUAGCAACAUUAUUUCUGAAGAUGAUAUGUUGGUCUUAGAUGUACUGAAUAGUCUGGUGAAUGCACCCUCUAAAAUGUCAAAACUCGAGAUCGGUGCUCCUUCAGGAUCUCAUGGAAAAACUGACUCUGUGUUAUCUGAUAGAAGGGACAAAGGUCACCCUACCACUGAUCUAUCUAAACAAGGGAAGGCAAUUGGUAAAUCCGGUGCUUCCAAGACUGGGAAGAAAAGGCAUAAGAAGCUAUUAGGUGCAGAGGUGCUUGCUGAAGCACAAAACAUUUCUGUUAAUAAUUUGGUUCUGCCAGAAGUACCAAGGGUUGGUAUCACUGCUGAUUCCUCCUUGUGUACUGACUCUGCAAAAGUGGGGAUACCUGAAGCAUCUGAAGAUAUUUCCACUAAAGGCCCCAGUGUAACAACAGAAAUCAAAUCUGAGAUUAGAAUGUCUAGAAGGACCAGAAGGAAACACCAAAUGCAAUGCAAAACAAAGCAUGUGUCAUGCAAUGAAGAUUCAGAUAAUUUACAGGCAAAGAAAUUGCUGCACUGUCUGUCAUCUGAAUCGCUUCGUAGAUGGUGCACGUACGAGUGGUUCUAUAGUGCAGUUGAUUAUCCAUGGUUUUCGGAUAAUGAGUUUGUGCACUACUUGGAUCAUGCAAAAUUAAGUCAUUUGUCAAGGUUGACUAGAUCAGAGUGGAGCGCAAUUCGAAGUUCCCUUGGCAAACCCAGGCGAUUUUCGGAUCAUUUUCUGGCUGUGGAAAAGGAAAAACUUGAGGAUUAUCGAGAGAAAGUAAGGAAAAUCUAUGCUCAACUCCGUGAUGGUUCACGGGAUUCUCUACCGGCAGACCUAGCUAGGCCAUUUUCAAUUGGUCAGGAGGUGAUUGUUCGUCAUCCAAGUUCUAGAGAACUUUGUGAUGGCAAAGUGGUGAUGAUGGGGCCAGAUUGUUACAAGGUCCAUUUUGUUAACCCUGACCUUGGUGUUGAUAUUGUAAAGGACACUGAUUGUAUGCCAGUUAAUUGGUUGUAUAAUCGUCCUGACAACAUGAGGAGGAGUUGCCUUUCAAAUAAUGUGUACAGCAUCCUGGAGACGGAGCACAUUCCUGACCUUGCACCAAGUGAGAACUGGGACCGUGCUGUACAUGGAGUUACUGUAACGUCAGAUAAACAGCUCAAGGUUGAAUCUGUUGUCAAUGGUGAAAGGCCAUCAUAUUGGAGUACAUCCGAUGGCCACCCUACAAAAUCUAGAGGUCGCCCAGACAACAAUGCUGGUCACAACUAUGAGCUAGAGUCAUAUAUAGCUGCCUUUGUACAAAAAUCGCUAUCCCGAGCCAGGCAGAUGGUUGACGAAGCCAUGCAGGCGAACUCUGAAGGUAGUGAUGUAAGGGUUUGGAUGCCAAAUCAAGAGACAGAUUGUGUGGGCCCACAAUCUGAAGCUGCGGUUCGUGGUGCCCAACUUCCUUCCAGCCUGAUAUCGAACUGCAUUGCGACAGUUCUUUCAAUCAAGCGCCUUAGCGACUCGCGGCAUCCACCUGCUAACAUAGCAGGUGUCUUGGAGCGUGCUUCCUCAAUGCUGCGCCCAAGCUGUCCAGAGAACCUUGCAAUCUACAAAGACAUAGAGACUUAUCUCUCUGUCAUAGCAAACCAGAUACUUGCACUUGUGCCAACAGCGUUGGGCAACUGUGGACCUCCCAUGUCACCCAUGUCACCCAGAUAGAUUUCCGGCUGCCUUCCUUCUUAUAGGCCCGUGCGGUUGAACAUGCUGCUACCUUUGCUUCGAGUUCAGAACCCACAGGUUUUGCGGCCAUCCUACUGUGACUUGACACUGUCAUGGAGAAGUCCUGUUGAAUGGCAGCAAAGCAUAGCAUAUGAAGGAAAGAAUUCUGAUGUGCUGACUUGAGCUUGGAUACAGAGGGUAACAUUGACUGACUAGCUCCCUUGUAACCCUUGUAUAUACCUGAAUGGAUAGGUUAUAGGUUGAAAUACAGAUUCAGGAUAGUGGACAUCUGACAGUGUAGAGAAUAAUGAUGUAUGUCUGCAGCCGUGAUUCUAGAAUGUAAUGUGAGUAUGUGACAGAAGGCUAUCUUGAUUUUAUAGAAAUCGUGAUAGGAAAUUUACAUAUUAUAAAAAGGAAUGAAGGGUCCAAUUCUAUC